AUGGCGACAAAUUCUAUUAAAUUAUUGACUGGGAACAGUCAUCCGGAACUGGCACAGCUAGUUGCUGACAGGCUUGGAAUCGAGCUGACAAGGGUUAUGGUUCUACAAUAUUCGAACCAAGAAACCAGCGUCACCAUCGGCGAGAGCGUGCGAGAUGAAGAUGUUUUUAUUUUACAAUCGACGAGGCCUAAUGAUAUCAACGACGGCUUGAUGGAAUUACUUAUUAUGAUCAACGCCUGCAAAACCGCCUCAGCAAGACGCAUCACUGCGGUAAUUCCCAACUUCCCGUAUGCUCGCCAAGACAAGAAGGACAAGAGUCGGGCCCCCAUCACAGCAAAACUUAUGGCGAAUAUGCUUCAAACCGCCGGAUGCAAUCACGUCAUCACUAUGGAUCUUCAUGCCAGUCAGAUCCAAGGGUUUUUCAAUGUGCCCGUGGACAACCUCUAUGCCGAACCAAGCAUGUUGCGCUGGAUUCGACAGAAUCUUGACGUAGCGAAUUGUGUUAUCGUCAGUCCCGACGCUGGCGGCGCCAAACGGGCCACUGCCAUUGCCGAUCGUCUGGAUCUCCAAUUCGCACUCAUCCAUAAGGAACGGCCACGGCCCAACGAGGUCUCACGCAUGGUGCUUGUCGGUAGUGUCAAGGAUAAAAUCGCCAUUAUUGUCGAUGAUAUGGCCGAUACCUGCGGUACUUUGGUUAAAGCAGCCAGCACCCUCAUCGACAACGGCGCAAAAGAAGUACUUGCCAUUGUGACGCACGGUAUUCUUAGCGGAAAGGCCAUUGAAACGUUGAAUACUGGUCGUUUGAGCCGCAUUGUGGUGACGAAUACCGUGCCACAUGAGGAAAAGAAGUUAUUAUGCGAUAAGAUUGAGACCAUCGAUAUCAGUCCUGUAUUAGCGGAAGCGUGUCGACGAACGCAUAACGGAGAGUCAGUCAGCUUUUUGUUUUCGCAUGCGGUGUCUUAA